ACACGUCAGUGAAACAUUUUGCAUAAGAAUUGAGUACCGACAUCGACCGGUUGACAAACCAUUCAUUUCUCAAACGUUGAAAAGGAAAGUGCACAAAUUAUAAGAGGGUUCCCUUUUUUCGUUGUUUUCCAUUGAAUUUUCAAAAUGAAAAAUUUUGUAUAUUUGGUGGUCGCACUGUGUUUAGUGUCGGCAUUUACACCCGCAUUUGCACUCGAUGAAGAUGAUGUGGAAACAGUGGACAUUGACUUGGGCUCGAGCAGAGAAGCUUCCAGAACAGAUUCCGAAACAGUUAGGCGAGAGGAGGAGGCUAUCAAAAUCGAUGAAUUGAACGUUGCUCAAAUAAGGGAACUUCGGGAUCAGGCCGAAAAACAUACAUUCCAAGCAGAAGUCAAUCGUAUGAUGAAAUUGAUCAUCAAUUCGUUGUAUCGCAACAAGGAAAUUUUCCUCCGUGAAUUGAUUUCGAAUGCUUCCGAUGCUCUGGACAAGAUUCGUUUAUUGUCGCUGACCGAUUCCACACAAUUAGACUCGAACCGCGACCUGCAAAUUCAAAUCAAAGCCGACAAAGACAAUAAAGUGCUGCACAUCAUCGACACGGGCAUCGGUAUGAGCAAAGCUGAUUUGGUCAACAAUUUGGGAACGAUUGCAAAGUCCGGUACGGCCGAUUUCUUGUCGAAAAUGCAAGAUGAAAAGUCCGAAGGCCAAGAGGAGAACGAUAUGAUUGGUCAAUUCGGUGUUGGUUUCUAUUCAGCGUUCUUGGUUGCUGAUCGUGUUGUCGUGACCACCAAACACAAUUCCGAUAAGCAAUACAUUUGGGAAAGUGAUGCCAACAGUUUUUCGAUCAUUGAUGAUCCACGUGGUGACACAUUGAAACGAGGCUCUCAGGUGUCAUUGUAUUUGAAAGACGAAGCUCAGGACUUUUUGGAAGAAGACACUGUCAAACAGUUGAUCAAGAAGUAUUCGCAGUUCAUCAAUUUCCCAAUCUAUCUGUGGACAAGCAAGUCGGUUGAAGAAGAAGUGCCAAUCGAAGAAGAGUCAAAGGAAGAAACUACGGAAGAUGCCGUUGAAGAUGGUGACGAGGAUGCAAAGGUCGAAGAAGAUGCUGAAGAAGAUAAGCCAAAAACAAAGAAAGUAACAAAAACCGUUUGGGACUGGUUGGUAAUGAACGACAACAAACCGAUUUGGACUCGUAAGCCAUCUGAGGUCACCGACGAUGAAUACAACGAAUUCUACAAGAGCCUUACGAAAGAUAAUUCCGAUCCAUUCACCCAUACGCAUUUCAUUGCCGAAGGUGAGGUCACCUUUAAAUCCCUGCUGUUCAUACCGAAAGUGCAACCAUCUGAAAGCUUCAACAAAUAUGGCACCAAGUCAGACAACAUCAAAUUGUUCGUACGUCGCGUUUUCAUCACCGACGAAUUCAACGACAUGAUGCCCAAUUAUUUGAAUUUCAUUCGUGGUAUCGUCGACUCCGAUGAUUUACCGUUGAAUGUGUCACGUGAAACGCUCCAGCAGCACAAGCUGAUCAAAGUUAUUAAGAAGAAGUUGGUACGCAAGGUGUUGGACAUGAUCAAGAAACUAGGAAAAGAGGAAUACAACAAAUUCUGGAAGGAAUAUUCAACCAACAUCAAAUUGGGAGUUAUGGAAGAUCCUAGCAAUCGUUCCCGUUUGGCUAAGCUAUUGCGAUUCCAGUCAUCCAAUGGAAAGGACAAAACAGAUUUGACAAGUCUCGAAGAAUAUGUAGCCAGAAUGAAACCGAAACAGGAACACGUUUUCUGGUUAGCUGGAUCCAGCCGCAGUGAAGUUGAAAGUUCACCAUUUGUUGAACGAUUAUUGGCCCGUGGCUACGAAGUCUUGUACCUCGUCGAAGCCGUCGAUGAAUAUUCCAUCGCAUCUCUGCCCGAAUUCGAUGGCAAGAAAUUCCAAAACGUUGCCAAGGAAGGAUUCUCGCUAAACGAAUCUGAAGACUCGAAGGCCAAAUUCCAAGAAUUGACCGCACAAUUCGAACCGCUAGUCAAAUGGUUGAACGACAACGGAUUGAAGGACAAAAUCAGCCGGGCUCAAAUAUCUGAACGUUUGAGCAGUUCACCAUGUGCAUUGGUAGCUGGUAUGUUCGGCUGGACCGGUAAUAUGGAACGUUUGGCAUUGUCUAAUGCCCAUCAAAAGUCGGAUGAUGCGCAACGCAGUUACUAUUUGAGCCAGAAGAAGACACUCGAAAUCAAUCCCAGACAUCCGUUGAUUCGGGAAUUGUUGCGACGUGUUGAGGCUGAUGACAACGAUGCAACCGCCAAGGAUAUGGCACUAAUGAUGUUCCGCACGGCUACACUACGAUCCGGUUAUAUGUUGCAGGAAACGUCCGACUUUGCUGACAGCAUUGAGAAAAUGAUGCGACAAACGCUCGGUGUUUCGCUUGACGAACAAAUUGAAGAAGAAGAUUUUGUCGACGAUCAACCGGAAGAUGGCGGCAACGAUCAGGAGGAAGAGGCUGAUGAGGUGGAUGCUGAGCACGACGAGUUAUAAGUGUAAAUCAAAUUUUUUUUCUUUGACUGAGAAUUUUACGUUUAAGUGAGUAUUAGUGCGUGUGCAUGUUUUGCCGUUCUUUCCUUGAAUCAAGACUAUCGUCAGAGUUUACAAUUCGAGUGAUUUUGGUGAUACACAAUAUGAUUCCGGGCAAAUUUCUUUUCUAUUUAUUUUUGUUACGAAAAGAGAAGAAGGAGAAAUGUUUUGCGAUGAAAAAGGAAGCGCUUUUUUGAAGCAAAAAAAAUACAAAAAUUUUCGUACCAAA